AGACUCCCAGAAUGCCCCACGGGUAGCCUGACUAGGACUCUGUUUCCCAGAGUGCCUCGCGGGCGGUCUGGCGGUGGCUGCAGCAACCUACCAACUGUCCAGAAGUGGACGCUCCUGCCUCUGCCGGACCCGGUGAGCGGCAGCGGGAUGGAUAGCCCUGAGGUGACCUUCACGUUGGCCUACCUGGUCUUCGCAGUGUGCUUCGUGUUCACGCCCAACGAGUUCUACUCGGCCGGGCUCACAGUGCAGAAUCUGUUGUCGGGCUGGCUGGGCAGCGAGGACGCCGCCUUCGUGCCUUACCACCUUCGUCGCACUUCCGCCACACUACUGUGUCACUCACUGCUGCCGUUGGGUGAGCCUCCUGUGUGCGGGCUGGUGGUUGGCGCUUAACUAGGCGCUUGGAGAGUCCAAGGGUGAGGAGGCUCCCAGCCAGAACGGGAGCAGAAGCCGGUCAAGAGCAGGUGCAAGCAAGUGGGAUCUCUGCAGCCCUGACUGUGAGCUGAGCGCUCUAGGGCACCAUAUGUUCUUCCCAGGCGGCGGCCCAGGCGCUGUCCUGCAAGUGGUACUCGGGUGGGGCUAAGCUCUAGUCUUUGACAUCACUGCGGCUGGAGUGCAGAAUCGUUCGGCCUGUUAGCCGUGUUGGGUGAUUUCUAGGAAAGGGCUCCUGUUGAUUCAUUACAACAGGGGUUGGAGGGCUCCCAGGGAAAGGCUACUACAUGGGCAUGUGCUUUGCAGCUUCAGAAAAGCAGCUCUACUCCCCUGGUCAGGCCCCAGAAGCCUGGCAGCUCUUCCUUCUCCUGGCUGUGAUCCUUCCCCUUGUCUCCUGUACUCUGAUUUACUAUUGGUCCUGGGAUAGGUGGACCCGACACCCAUUGGCCCAAACCCUGGCCCUCUAUGCCCUUCCACAGUCUGGUUGGCAGGCGGUUGCCUCUUCUAUCAACACAGAGUUCCGACGGAUUGACAAGUUUGCUACCGGGGCACCUGGUGCCAGAGUGAUUGUGACAGACACAUGGGUGAUGAAGGUGACCACAUACCGUGUGCAUGUAGCUCAGCAGCAGGAUGUUCACUUGACUGUGACAGAGUCUCGGCAGCAUGACCUCUCACCAGACUCAAACCUACCCGUGCAGCUUCUUACCAUACGUGUGGCAAGUACCAGCCGUGGUACGCAGCCCUUUGAUAUCCGACUGAACUCAUCAGAAUAUGGCGAACUAUGUGAGAAGCUCCAUGCCCCAAUCCGAAGUGCAGCCAACGUGGUCAUCCGCCAGAGCCUGGGUGACCUCUUCCUAGAAACAUUUGCUUCCCUUGUGGAGGUCAACCCAGCCUAUUCAGUACCCAGCAACCAGGAGCUUGAGGCCUGUAUAGGCUGCAUGCAAACACGGGCCAGUGUGAAGCUGGUGAAGACCUGCCAGGAGCCAGCGGUGGGCGAUUGCCAGCAGUGUUACUGCCGACCCAUGUGGUGUCUCACUUGCAUGGGCAAGUGGUUUGCCAGCCGCCAGGAUCCCCAGCGCCCUGACACCUGGCUAGCUAGCCGUGUGCCUUGCCCCACUUGCCGUGCCCGCUUCUGUAUCCUGGAUGUGUGUUGUGUACGCUGAGCAUCACAGUAUAUUCUAUGUCUCCACUAGCCACUUAUGGGGAGUGGCUCAAGCUCCUUGACUUCAGCAAGGGGUUCUACUAGUUAAAGCACACACUUAAUCUACAGCCACUCUCUACCUUGAGUCUAUGGUCAGUUGAAGUUUUAGAAGAAAUUAUCAUGGAAAUGUCCUAUCCCUGGACCUUCAGCAUCUUCUCUUCCUGUUUACUUCCAGGUGGGGCUGAUAUGCCACAUAGAAUGCUCCAAAGCCCCAAGACAUUGGAGUUUGGCCCAAGAGGCUUUAUUUGGCCUGUUUGCCUUAAUUCUAUUACAGAGCUUACCUGUACCUCAAUUAAAAAUCAGACCUACAUCUGUCCCAGGCCCUGUAGUGUUGGGUGGACACUGACAGUUGAGAGGAUCACUAGGAUACCACUCUAGUGUGAGGUCCUCUUCUAGGGUAUCCUGGUGGCUGUAGCCAGCCAAGGACCACUUCUUGGUAGGAAGGCAAGGGCAGCAGCCUAGGGCCAGGACCGAGUACUCUCCCAAGUUACUCAUGAGGGUUGCAUAUGCUUUAGAGGGUCCACAAUGCUUUUGGUGUCUUGUCUUGCUUCUCUAGUCCAGGGGAGGCCAAGAUCUCACACUCCUAACCCUAAGGAAGGGUUUUAGGGAGCCAAGGACCAGAAAGCCACAGCACUAACCAGAAAGAAACUCCCCAGGAAUGCAGCACAGGGUUAGCCAAGGCCCUUGUCGGGUGCUUGGAUCAGGAGAAGAUAACUCAGUGGUUAAGGUUCUGAUGGACGUACUACUCACUUAUGUAUGGUACAGAAUGGUGGGGAAGAGGCUGCCCUUUACCCUCCAUCUCUGACACAAGUGUAGCUGCUAGAGGGAGGACCUCUCCUUCAACUUGUGGUCUUGAAGCACCUACAUUUAGUUGUUGAAAGCAGUAGUGACAGACCAACCUAGCCUGUUAUCCAGCCAACACUGCACCUAACCCCAGGGAUUUGCUACCACAGCAAACUCAGUUCUGCCUGUCCCUAAAGUAUGACAAGGAGUCAGCUGGUUUCGAGGGCUGUCUGCCUAGCAGAGGCCAAGUGGUUUUUGAGAUUUAUUUUUUAACCACAGAAGAGUUAAUUUUAUACUGAUAAAUGUAAAUGUAGCUAAAUGAUACAAUAUUUAAUAAAGUGUUCUUUUCAAGUGA